GUCGGAUAACCUGAGUAAAAUUAGAACCGUUAACGGCCGCUAGAGUGCGUUCGCCGGUCACGUGGUUAAUUGUAUAGAAGACCAUAAUACCAGUAGAUCGUUAUAAAUGAAAGUGGCAGAAUUUUGUAGUACCGAGUUCUGGAAUUUGCGUGUCACGUGGUAUGCCGAUGUUCCAGAUUUCACGCCUUGUUUUCAAGCGACGGUAUUAAUUUGGGUUCCUUGUUCGUUUUUAUGGCUGUUUGGACCGAUAGAAUUAUACCUAAAUAGAAAAAGGACGAAAUAUUUUAUACCAUGGGGGUUCCUAAAUAUUGUAAAAUUGAUUCUCUGUAUUUUGUUAGUCUUCAUCAGCGUAGCCAAAUUAUGCCACUAUACCAUGAAUUACUUGAGAGGAGAGCCAGUAGAUUUAGCUUUCAUUUGUUCUUCAUUACUUAAAAUAAUUACUUUUAGUUUUGCAUUAAUAUUAUUAGAAAGCUAUAGGCGAUUGGGAAAACGUUCGUCGGCCACUCUCUUCCUGUUUUGGGGUCUUCUAACCAUCGCGAAUUUCUUCUCUUACAGAUCUUUGCUUCUCCGGGUAUUUUUCUACGAUUCCGAACUUGUAAAUAUUUUCUAUUUUAUAACGGAAAUGAUUUAUUUUCCGUUAGUCGUGUGCCAGUUGUUCCUAUCGAGCUUCAGAGAUAAUUACCCUUACAAGUACGAUACAAAUAAGAAAGUUUGUCCGUUGGAUGAAGAAUCUUUCCUCUCAAGAUUAUUAUUUUCUUGGUGUACCGAACUUCUGUGUACAGGACUGCGAAAUCUUAUAGACUUUAAUGAUCUUUCGCCAAUACACGAGACUUUUACCGCUAGUUACUGUUUUAGAAAAUUUCGAAAGCGACAUGAAAAGGAAGCACCAAAAAUAACUUCUGAAGAAAAUCACUACAAAUCAUCAUCAUCAUCAUUAAAAGAAGCGUCAAAAUCUGAUAAUAAGCAAGCUUCUAUCGUCGGCGCAUUAUUUCGAGGAUUUUGGUUCGCUUUAUUUUUAGGAACAAUUUUAGAAUUUCUAUAUUCCAUUGUUAGAUUCAUCCCUCCUCUAUUGAUCAACAAUAUGAUUGAUUUUGUUGUCAAUGAUGACCCGACAUGGAAAGGAUACUUUUACACGUUUCUUUUAUUUGUUUCGAGUUUACUUUCUAACUUCACUAUCAAUCAUUUAGUAUAUUACAUGGUUGCCACCGCUAUUCAAGUUAAAUCAGCAUUAAUCUCUGCCGUUUAUAGAAAAUCAUUGAGAAUAUCCAGCUCGACUAGACGAAAAUAUACUGUCGGAGAGCUAGUUAAUUUGAUGGCCGUCGAUGCAGAACGACUCUUCCAACUGUCCAUGUUCUUCAGCCUUAUCUGGGGUGCACCUUUGCGUGUGUUUCUCACCAUUGUGUUCCUGUGGCAGUACCUCGGCCCUUCGUGCCUGGCGGGUGUAGCGGUAAUGGGAUUAAUGCUGCCUAUCACUGCCAUUAUAGCGAAUAAAAAUCGGAUCGUUCAGGAAAAACAAAUGACUGCAAAAGACGAUCGCUUGAAAUUUAUGAACGAAAUUUUAAGCGGAAUAAAGGUAUUAAAAUUGUAUGCCUGGGAAGAACCUUUUAUGGAUCGAAUAACCGAUAUCAGAAAUAAAGAAGUUAGUUUGUUAAAGAAAUUUUCUUAUUUUAACGCUUCCGUUUCUUUCGUUUGGGGAUGUUCGCCAUUUUUGAUUGCAGUCUCCAGUUUUGUGACAUUCGUUAUGGUAGACGAUAAAAACAUUUUAGACCCUGCAACUGCAUUCGUGUCGCUUACGCUUUUCAACAUGUUACGGUUUUCUCUAGUCAUGAUACCGGAUUUAAUAUCAAAUUUAAUUCAGACACGCGUGUCUUUGAGAAGGUUAAAUGAAUUUUUGAUUUCCGAAGAACUCGAUCCCGACUGUGUUGGAAAAUAUCCGGAUUUAGACGAUGCAAUUACGGUGAGAGAAGCCAAUUUUACGUGGUCGAAGGAUGAACAACCGGUGUUAAAAGAUAUCAAUCUUAAGGUCAAAACGGGUCAGUUACUAGCUGUGGUAGGACAGGUGGGAUCUGGAAAGUCUUCUCUACUUUCUGCAAUAUUAGGCGAAAUGUAUAACACCAAAGGAAAGGUAGAUGUAGUGGGCGAAACUGCUUACGUGCCUCAACAGGCUUGGAUUCAAAACUCCACUUUGCAACAAAAUAUUCUUUUUAUGACAAGAUAUGAUUCUGCUCGUUAUGAAAAAAUAUUGGAUAACUGUUCUCUAAGACCCGAUUUAGAAAUUUUAUCCGGAGGUGAUCAAAUAGAAAUUGGAGAAAAGGGUGUCAAUCUAAGUGGAGGGCAGAAGCAACGUGUUAGUUUGGCCAGAGCCGUGUAUCAGAAUGCAGAUAUCUAUCUAUUGGACGAUCCUUUGAGUGCCGUCGAUUCUCAUGUGGGAAAACACAUCUUUCAGCACGUGAUUGGCCCCAAAGGAAUGCUUAAAUCCAAGACCAGAGUUUUAGUCACCCACGCGGUUUCUGUUUUACCGGAAGUUGAUAUGAUUGUAGUGUUGAAAGAUGGAAAAAUACAAGAAAUGGGAACAUAUAAAGAACUUUUAGAGAAAGGAGGAUCGUUUGCAGAAUUUCUGCAGGAACAUUUACGAACUGAAAACGUAGUCACAGAUAAAGAAAACGAAGAAACAGAAGAUCCUAAGAUUCCCAUUUCCCGAAGAACUUCUCUAGAAAGAAGCGUUAGUCGUCAAUUUUCAACUCUGAGUCAAAGAUCAGAAUCCAAAGAAUUGACUGUUGUUAAUCCAAUUUCUGGACAGUUAAUUGAAGAAGAGAAAAUGGAGAUCGGAAAUGUAAAGAUGGCCAUCUACUUAAAAUAUUUAAAACACAUUGGAUUACAGUUUACAAUACCAAUCGUUGUAUCCUAUAUCUUGUAUCAAGGCUUUGAAAUAGGUUCUAAUUUAUGGCUAAGCGUAUGGAGCGAAGACGAACCGCUUCCAAACGGACUUCAGAACGUACCGCUUCGAAACAAACGAAUUAUAAUUUAUGCAGUUUUUGGUGUAGUCGAAGGUAUUGCCAUGCUAGUAGGCGCCAUGUUACUGGCAGCUGGAACCAUGAGAGCAUCCGGAAUAUUACAUCGCCGCAUGUUGGAUUACGUCAUGAGAGCGCCGAUGUACUUCUUUGACACGACACCGUUGGGAAGGAUCCUGAACAGGUUUGGAAAGGAUAUAGACGUUGUAGAUACGCAGAUUCCUCUCUGCUUCGAUUCGUGGAUUUACUGCUUCUUGUCAGUACUGGGAACUUUGAUUAUUAUUUCUAUCAAUAGCCCAUUGUUUGUGGUCGCCGUUAUACCCAUUAUCAUCUUUUAUUAUUUUCUGCAGAUGAUGUAUUUGGCCACGUCUCGCCAAUUGAAACGAAUGGAGUCGGUCACUAGGUCACCCAUCUACAACAACUUCUCUGAAACAAUUAACGGAGUGAGCAGCAUCCGUGCCUACAGGGUGCAAAAACACUUUACAAACAGAGCAGACGAAAGGGUCGACGUUAACCAAACUUGUUAUUUCCAUUCGUUGGCUGUAAAUAGGUGGCUUGGCAUCCGACUAGAGUUUCUCGGCAGCUUUAUUCUUUUGGCAACGGCCCUAUUAGUCGUGUGGGCCAGAGAUAACAUGGAUUCUGGAAUCGUCGGAUUGAAUUUAUCUUACGCUUUAGGGGUGACCGAGUCGUUUACCUGGCUGGUGAGAAUGAGCGCAGAACUAGAAACGAAAAUUGUUUCUGUGGAGAGAAUCGACGAAUAUUCGCAACUCGAAUCCGAGGCACCAUGGUAUUUACCAAGCAAUAAACCGGAUAAAAUAUGGCCGCCUACCGGAAAAAUAUCGUUUCUCAAUUAUAGUACAAGAUAUCGGAAGGGUCUCGAUCUGGUUUUAAAGAGGAUUAAUCUAAAUAUCGAACCGCAAGAAAAGGUAGGUGUUGUGGGAAGAACUGGUGCAGGCAAAUCCUCUCUGACGCUGGCCUUGUUCCGUAUAAUAGAAGCAUCGGGAGGAGCGAUUGUCAUCGAUGGAAUAGAUAUAAGCGGCAUUGGACUUCACGAUCUCCGCUCAAAGCUGACUAUUAUUCCACAAGAUCCUGUACUUUAUACCGGAAGUUUGCGCAUGAAUUUAGACCCUUUACAAGAAUUCACGGAUGAUGAUAUUUGGACAGCUUUAGAACACGCGCAUUUAAAAUCAUACGUUGUCACUUUAUCCGAAGGUUUAGAUCAUACAGUGAGCGAAGGAGGAGAAAAUUUAAGUGUCGGUCAGAGACAAUUGGCGUGUUUAGCGCGUGCCCUUUUAAGAAAAACCAACAUUUUAGUACUGGAUGAAGCCACGGCUGCUAUAGAUUUAGAAACCGAUAAACUGAUCCAGAAUACUAUUAGAAAAGAGUUUUCUCAUUGCACCGUCAUCACCAUCGCUCACAGAUUGCAUACAAUCAUGGACAGCGAUAGAGUUAUCGUUUUAGAAAAUGGAAGAAUCGUAGAAAAUGGAAAUCCUGACGUUCUUCUACAGAAUUCUCAAACUAUGUUUCAUUCCAUGGCAAAAGAUGCUGGGAUAUUAUAAUAAUCAUUAACAAAAUUAAUUUUAUAAAAUAAAUAAAAAUAA